CUAUGGAAUUGUGCAUGUCUCAAAAAAAUGGCGAUUGAUAAAUUUUUGUUCACAUUUUGAAAGCACAAUCUUCAAGUAUUAGUUAAAACGUUAUUUAAUUGUUAGCGUGUAACUGUGAAUAAAGCUUCGCAAUGGCUGAUGCCAUGGUAGAGCGAAGGCCCGCUGCGAGGUUCUUUUGCCACAGGUGUAACAUUGAAUUCGAAGAUGUUUUGCAGGAUUACACAUGCCCAUACUGCGCAAGUGGUUUCAUCGAACAGUUGGAGAAUGAAGCAGAGGUGCUGGCGCUGUCAGGCGAUGACUUCAGUGAUGCCGACAUGAGCAAUAUUGAUGAUAUGAGUAACAUUGAUGAUAUGAGUAAUUUGGACGAUUCAGAUGAUGUUCAUCAGAGUGCUCCUCCAGUGUUAAACGACCUCGCGUUUCUCAUGUCGGGCGGGCGGGUGCGCAGUGGCCCGGGCCGGCGUGAGACGCUGAUGGAACAGUUGGUGUGGAUGAUAGGCGGCGCACGCGGCGGCACCGGUGCCGUUGCAGCUGCCGCUCCCUUCGUGCUGGUCGGCGCGCCCGGGGACUACGUCUUUGGUGGAGAAGGCCUGGACGCAGUGGUGACGCAGCUGCUGGGACAGUUGGAGAACGCGGGGCCGCCGCCGCUGCCGCGCGACCAGAUCGCCGCGCUGCCCAGCGAGCCCGUCACCGCCGCGCAGGUCGAAGCCGCCGUCUCCUGCUCCGUCUGCUGGGAGAACUUCCAGAUUGGCGAAACAGUGUCCCGACUGGAGUGCGACCACAUAUUCCACUCGACGUGCAUAUCGCCGUGGCUGCAGCUGCACGCCACGUGCCCCAUCUGCCGCCGCUCGCUGCUCUCCGAGGAGGCGGCCGACACCGCCCAGCAGGCACCGCGACCCACCGCGCCCCCACCCACAGAGGCCUCCAGCACGUCGCUACCUCACGUAGUGGUGCGGCGACUGGCGCGGCCGCGCUGGGACGCCGAGUCGGGCUCGUCGUCGGCGUCGCCGGCGUCGUCGGUGACGGCCGUGUCGGCCGCCGGCCUGUGGGCGCCGCCGCGCUCCGACUCCACCGCCACCACCAACUCCUCCGCCUCGCUCAACUCCACCGCCGACAGGGAGCGCCACUACACCAACUACAACAUGGACAUCGAUUACGACUAGGCCUCCGUCCGCGUCUGACUGUGCAGUGCCCGUGUGUGACAGUGCAGUGUUCGUGUAUGUGACGUGUACUCUUGUGUCUGUGUGUGUUUGUCCAGAUGCAGACUGGUGGAGUUAGACUGAGUGAGUGAUUCCUUGUUCUUCCCAUACUUAUUCAAUUUUUGUUGAGUAAACAUGCUAAGAGCAGUAGAUUGCCAUCAAUUUUAUAUAUUGUUUUGACUUUUUUUGUUUUCAGUUUACACACAUAUGGUUUUACGUUCUAUCUCAUUGUCUUAGUCUAACUCCACCUGAACACACUAGUGGACAGUAGUAACAAAUGUUAUUUUUGUAUGUAUGGUCGUUUAUCAUUGUUUCAUGUCGCGUUUAAAAAGUAAAUAUUGUAACUUGAUACAAACAUUGUACCAGUGUUAAUAUGUAAAAAAAAUAUAUUAUAAAAUAUAGUUAAAGUAAACUUCUUUUAGAUAUAUAAUAUCAUGUCAUACAAAUUAACUGUUGAAGUUGUGUGCCUUUGAUUUGUACUGCUACAUACGUGUACACAUUUACCAUUGAAUAAUGCUUCACAUAUAAAAAGUGCACAUUUAUAACAAUGGAACAGAAGUGUUAUCCUAUACUGAUAAUUUUUCUGUUCUGCAUUGUACAGUGAUUAUAUAUAUUUCAUUUUUACCUCGUGGGUACAGACUUUAGGGAAAGUUCUUGUGUAAAUUUUGUAAAUAUAAUCAUAAUUUUAGAUAUUUGUUGCUGUUAUAUCAUUUUGUGAAUGUACUAUGUAAUAUGUCCGGUGUCACUCUGACCAAUUUUAAGGAAAGUUCUGCGAAUAAUUUUACCAAUAAAAAUAUUAUAUGCUACCAUUUAAAUUUCGAAUUUUACAUCAAAAUUGUUAGUUUAUUAUUAGACUAAAAUUAGCAUUUUUAACUUCCUUUUUUUUUUAUUUUGCAAUAAAAAUGUCCAUUAUUCUUAGAUUUUGAAACCUAAUGAUGUAUUGCAUAUUGUAUGUAUUUAUAGCCAUCUAUUCUUUUACCAAAUGGUCAUUGUAGUUUGCAAUGGAAUCCCCCAAAUACGUCAGAUGCGUUCUCAAGAAAGUUCGCUCAAAUUUAGUUUAGCCACAUAAUGGCUAGUUUAUUUUAGUUACAUACACUUUGUCACAGUUGUCUGAUAUUUAAUCUGUAGUUUCUUCCUUUGUUCCUUAUACUUUGAGCUACAUGUUUCACCAAAAUACUGGUAUGCAAAAUUUAUUAAAAUACCAUAACCUAGUCUCCUUGAAGUGAGUAGAGAGGGGUAUUGUUAACAUUUUGUCAUUAUUUUGGUUGACUGAAAAGAUAAAUCGUGACUUGAUUAA